AUGUCAGAAACAGAAAAGGUGUCGCAAUUAAACAAUGAUGUUAAUAAAGAACAACUCCUUCAAGAAACAGAUAUAGACAACGUUGCAGGCUCAGUAUCAUCUGCAGGUUUACAACUAGAACAAUUAGCAAAUAAAAAUUUAUUGACCGUAAGAAUUAAAUGGUCCUCAAAGAUUGCUGACAACGAAAUUGAGAAGGAUAAAAUAAUCCUAGAAUUUUCCAAUUACAUCGUUAGUCAUAAAGGGAAUAUAAUUAAUCCAUUAAAAAUAGAAAACUACGAAUAUCUUUGUGAUUCUAAAAGAUUGGAAGUUAUUACUGAAAAUCAUUAUGAAUUUGAACAUGGUUCAAAAGAAUUUGCAAAAUCAUAUUUGGAUACCGCAAAAAAUUGGAUGUUUGACAUUGUACAACAAGCACAUUUUAGGAAAGGUUAUUCCCUAGAAAACUGUGCAAUACACAUUACAAACGCAUUGAAAGAAUUACCUGACGUAAUCGAACGUUGGUCAGUAACUAUAAACCAUCAUGCUUUAACCCAUACUGGAAAUCUUUUCAUUGGUGGGAUAUCAAAGAAAAUCACUAUUACAAAAUUGAUGGAUAUUUUUAAAGAGUAUGGACCUUUAGUGUCAAUUAAAUUGAUUCACGAUAAAUUAAAAGAUAGAGCUAUCGGAUAUGGGUUUGUAUCUUACCAAUUAGGAUCACAUGCUUCAAAAUGUAUACAGAUGUUAAACGGUAAAGAAAUUGAAGGAUCAACACUGUUCAUAAACUAUCAUGUAGAUCGUAAAGAAAGAGAAAACUUGCAUUGGAAUCAAGUCAAAGAAAAUUUUGACGAAAAGACCUUUAAAUGCUUGUUUAUUGGUAAUUUACCAAAACUAACGGAUACUAGUAAUAUUGUCACAGAAGACAUGGUUCUUAAAUUAUUAACUGGGAAAUUACUUGAGAAAUUCCCAAAUUUUACUAUUUUAUCAUAUUAUUUCCCAAAGGAUUCAAAUAAAAAUAGGAAUGAUGUAUCAGAACAGACAACCUUAAAAGGGUACGGCUUCAUUAAAGUAGGAAGCUCAGAUGAGAUACAACAUGUAAUUGAUCAAUUCAAUGGUUUUCAAUGGUUCGGAAACUCUUUGGUAGUUAAUAAAGCUGUUCAGAAUAGAAUUCAAAGUUCAAAUCAGAAGGGUACUGUUAAUAAUGACGGUGGUGGUGCAUUUAUAAAUGGUACAAAUCACAAUUACUAUCAUAACAGACAAUACCAAGAAAAAUCUGUUAUCUCUUCUCGAGGCUCUGAUGUUGUUGAUCAACAAAUUCCGCAGUAUGUUAAAAACAUAUACCAAAACUACUAUAAUGAUCCUUCAAGUAUUCGGGUAAAUUCAAAUGUGUCGGUUCCAACAUCAAUUUUGGGUGAUAAAAGCUCACCUAUGAUGAAUAUCCCUGUAAAUUUGAAUAACGAGCCCACCUAUGAGGGCCCAAAUCUACUUCCAAAUAUGUAUAUGAACAGUCUCCCAAUACCAUUGAGUAAUCAACAGGAAUCGAAUCUGUAUGUAAAACAUAUUCCAUUAGAUUGGACAGAUGAGAUAUUGACUGAGUUUUAUGAAUGUUUCGGAAUCAUAAUUAGUUCUAAGGUGAUUACUAUCGGUGGAUCAUCGAACCAGGAAAAUUCUAGUAACUCAAAUCUUCUAACAGAAAACGAAAAUACAACAGAGGAAGAAGAGGUCAUAGGUUCCUCAAAAGGUUAUGGUUUUGUAUGUUUUGAGAAUCCAAUUGAUGCGUCAAGAGCAAUUUUGGCUACAAAUGGGUAUCAACUGAACAACGGAUCUGUAUUAUCAGUUUCGUUCGCUAAUAAAAAGAAUAAUAAUAAUAAUGUCAAUAACAAUAGCCGUAAUGAUAACCAUAACGGGUCAAAUAAUGAAAAUAAGAAUUCAAGUAGAAACCGAGAUAUCAUAGGAGAAAACAAUGGGUUUGACAAUUUCUGCUAUAGAGGUAGGGGUAACAUCGGUACUAAUGGGAUCAACAAUCAAAUGCCCUAUAAUAAGAAAUUCAUGAACGCAUUGAUGCAGCAACAGAAUCAACUUCUUGUUAGCCCUUCUAUGAACAUGCCACCAGCUCCAAUUCAGAAUUUUCCUAUGUACAUGAAUACAGUCGUCAAUAAUGUCCCUUAUUUUCCUGUUUCCGCAUAUAAUACAAUGCCAUUCCAAUAUCCAAGAUAA